GUUAAAAAACUGCGCAUUGCCCCAUUACAAAUAUAAUGAAGCUUUUAAAUCUUAAGGUUAAAGAUGAUAGUGAGUCUUAUCAAGGCCGGGUUACAAGUAUCUGCAAACAGAAAGUACUGUAUUGAGAGGGAUUUCCUUUCCAUUAUAAGAUUGUUAUCUGAAGCACUGAACUUGUGAUGUGUGUGAUUAUUUGAAGAAAGAUCAAUGGCUAACAGAGAAAGUGAUACACUUAUUAACACUGGGCAUGAUGUAACUCAUGCACGUUGUUUUCGUGUUAACGUCCUAGUACAACAAAUUAACGAACUGAAAAGACAUCUUAUGCUAUAGCGUCCAGAUUUGUUUAGAUUGAAACCAAAAGCAUUAAUCGUUCUGAACGACAGUCUCCCAAGCCAGAUGCACAGAAAAACCAGGACGAGCCGAGGAGAACACCUGCAUACGAAAAAGCUAUGACUGUUAGAGAGAGUCUAGAGGGAUUGUGGAAAUUCAAGCUUUUGUUAAGACUGCUGAUUUUCAUCCCAAUCAAACAUUGCAAAGGGUCCUUGUGGAUAAGCUUACCCCACUUGUUUUGGAUGAUCCUAAAUUGUGUAAAGCUAGCAUUAAUUACCAAACUUGCAUUUAGUGUUGGUGCGUGUCGUUCGAAGCUUAGCUCAGACAUCAUACACGGUCACCUGACUUUGCGUCACGCGCUUCUCCAGGGAUGGGAAGCAUCAUAUGAAACGCCACCUUACCCGGCAUCAAUAGGAACAUUCGCCUUAUACAGCAUUGAUGACUUCAAGAAACGAAUAAAUUUUUCUGUUGCACAGUACUACAACAUUCAUACAGACAUAACAGGGAUCUUUCAACGCCUGAGCCAUGACACGUUGUCACUUGAAUUGAACUACUUUCAAAUAAAUGAUAACAACGAGAUUGUUGCAAAAAACAUAAUGUACGCUCCUGGACCUGGCUUGACCAACAAAACAGAGAAUGGUGUUAUCAAGUAUAGUUACAACGUUACGGAGGAUCUCCGAUACUUGAAUCUGGAUGAUGUCUUUCGCAGGGUUCUUAAUGUGAAUAUAAGGAGUUCUCUUCACUCUUUUCGUGUCAGUUUCAACGAGAAAAGGGUUACAUGCUUUGCCAUAGCUAUCAAUGUAAGUUUUGAAGACAAUGAUCAUAACGGGCAAGUUUGUAUUGAUAUGCAGACUAAUACAAUACCAAUUAACUGUGGCAAGAUGAAUUUAACAGUUCCAGAGAACGAACAUCUUUGUCCAAAGUUAAAACAGACGUUGCUCAAUACAUGCUUGGUAUUCACUUUCGCAACCGUAGCCGUUGACAGUAUAUAUUUUGUGAUUUCAUUGGCAGUGUUAGUUUUUCUACGCGCCUUUUGGGCACAGAGGAACGGUUUUGAACUUACCAAACUAUCAUAUUUGUUCAAGUUUUGGCUGAUAUUUUGCGUGACAGGGGAUGUUUUCAUUUUAAUUGGUACCUUGGAUCUGAAAUAUGCAAUGAAUGACCAUAGAGAAACAGUUGCAUUACCAUCAUACGAUGAACUAGCGUUUCAUAUUGGAAUGGGGUGUUUACUCGGUUGGAUUAGCAUAUUGCGCUUCUUGAAAAUAAAUAUAAAGUUUUCUCUACUGUUCCACACCUUAUAUUAUUCGUUUUGGAACGUGUUUGCCUUCAUUGUUUGUGCAGGGGUUCUUUUUGUCGGAUUCUUUGCCUGUGCAUACGUCUCACUCGGCGUAUAUCAUGUUAAGUUUGCUAGCCAGGAAAGUUCAGCCGAAACCUUGUUUUCACUGAUAAACGGCGAUGAUGUCUACAACACAUUUGCUAGUUUAGACGACAGACUUGCAGGUGAUCAGAAGACGGUUAAACUUCACAGAAACAUCAUUGUAUACAGCUUUGUUAUUCUGUUUACAAUCAUCAUGCUGAAUUUGAUCAUUGCGUUGUUCAACAGUGCGUAUGAAAAUGUCAUGCAGAAAGAAAAGAAUGAAGAUGACAUUGAUGCGUUCCUCAGUUUGACUGUAUUGAAUGCUGCUACAAAAGUCCCACUUUUUGCUUACCUUAACUAUGACGCUAUCAAGAGUACGCACACAUCUUCUUUGGGUUGCGUUUGCUGUUGUAACUUGCAGAGUAAAUGUUUAGCCAAACUACUCUUAGGUGGCGAAAUGAGACAUUUGAGAUGGUAUAUAAAAGACUGUUUGUUUCUACGAAUAUGGAUUGAAGAAAAACAAGAAGAACCAGAAUAAUUAAUGGAAGGGGACCUUUUAAAAACACAUCGAAUAGAAAGGAGAUGGUGACGUUCAACGUAACUAAUAUACGACUUUAAAUAUAAUAAGUAUAAAAGAGUAAGACUUUAUGGCAUAAGAUUAAUACAAAGUGAUUGUACUUGAUGAUUUCUCUUCUCGGUGAAUUUCUUCAUCAUUUUAUAUUGGUUUUGAUGUGCUCUUAGAGUGUUUUUGAAAGCAAGUAUGUUAGUGUGUGUUUAUUGUGUGUGGUCUGUGUGAUGACUUAUGAAUGCAUUUUGUUAAUCUGAUAAAAUGGAGGCAGUA